AUGAUGGUGCCAACAGGAGCAGCAAUUACCUGGUGCGCACUCACAGUAAUUCUCGUGGUCUCUCUCCUCAUCCGUCCGUCCGUCGCUAUCUACUGCGAUGAGGAUGACUGUUACGAUCUCCUAGGCGUCUCUCAAAAUGCCAAUUCCUCUGAGAUCAAGAAAGCUUAUUACAAGCUCUCUCUUAAAUAUCAUCCGGAUAAAAAUCCCGAUCCGGAAUCGAAGAAGUUGUUCGUGAAAGUUGCUAAUGCUUAUGAGAUUUUGAAAGACGAAGCUACAAGGGAGCAGUACGAUUAUGCAAUUGCACACCCAGAGGAGGUGUUUUAUAACACAGCUCGAUACUACCAUGCUUACUAUGGCCACAAAACAGAUCCUCGUGCUGUCUUUGUGGGACUUAUUUUGAUGCUCUCUGUAUUCCAGUAUCUAAACCAGUGGACAAGGUAUACGCAGGCUAUUGAUAUGGUCAAGAAGUCGCCCGCCUACAAAAACAAGCUAAAGGCCUUGGAACUUGAACGCAAUGGGGGAGUGACAAAUAAGAAGAAAAGUAACAAGCAAGUAGAUAAGAAGCUACAGGAAGAGCUCAGCAAGGAACUUGACCUGCAGAUAAAGGGUGCUGAAAAACCCUCUGUUUGGGAACUUUUAGGCAUUCGUUUCUUGCUACUCCCUUACACUGUCGGGAAGCUUUUAUUGUGGUAUGGAUGUUGGUUCUGGAGAUACAAGGUGAAACGAGCUCCGUAUUCAUGGGAAGAUGCCUCCUAUUUAACAAGAAGAUCCCUUGGAGUACCUUCUGAUUCAUGGAGAUAUACUGAUGAAUCAACCAAGGAAGAUCUUAUUCAGAGACGUCUUUGGGAAAAACCCAACUUGGAGAGCUACAUGGCGGAGAUGAGGAAAGAAUCAAAACGCAGAAGAUAA